AUGCUACUUUCACAAACUAUCACGGUGCUCCUCUGCUGCACGAUUCUACAUCACACUGUGACUGGGAUUGGCAUCAUAAAUGGAAAGAAAGUUCCAAAUGGACGCAUGCAGUACAUGGUCUCAGUGCAGAGCAGCAGAGGGCAUGUGUGUGGGGGCUUCUUAGUCGGGGACCGCUUUGUCCUCACAGCAGCUCAAUGUGCUUCAAAGGCACUAAGAUCCGUAUCCGUGGGCAACCUCAACCGCAAACAUGGACAAUAUAUUAAAAUUGAAAAGCAGUUCAAGCAUCCAUUAUUCAAGACACGCGACGAAGGGAAUGACCUGUUGCUGCUUAAAUUGAAAGAAAGUGCUUUGACGGUAGGAAACGUGGCGACAAUACAACUCCCAAAUUUGAACAUGACGGUCAAACCAGAUGAGAAGUGCCAAGUGGCCGGAUGGGGAGCAGAAAGUCAGAGGGGUGGACCAGCUGAAAACCUAAUGCACGUCAUGCUUUCCAUUAUAGACAUAGAAACAUGUAAAGCAAAACGGUCAAAACUCCCUGACAAUGUCAUCUGUACCCAUGAAGACAAUCAAAACGGAUUUUGUGAGGCAGAUGCUGGGGGCCCUCUGGUGUGCAACGACAUUGCUGUUGGAAUACUGUCUUUGACGAAACAUAACGAGGGACAUCUGCCUGCUAGGGACACAGGAGACAUGAGAGACAGCACCCCUGACAGCACCCCAGACAGCACCCCUCACAGCACCCCUCACAGCACCCCUGACAGCACCCCAGACAGCACCCCUCACAGCACCCCUCACAGCACCCCUGACAGCACCCCAGACAGCACCCCUCACAGCACCCCUGCACCAAGAAGAGAGCCUCCCAGUGUCCUUUUUAAAUAA